AUGGCCGUAAGUUUCGUGCAAAAGCGCUUUAUGGCGAGCGCCUUCCAAAAAUGGGCUUACAACUUGUCCGGUUUCAACAAAUACGGUCUGUGGAGGGACGAUCUUCUCGACGAGACCGACGAUGUAAAAGAGGCCCUGAAGAGAGUCCCUCAAGAUAUCAAAGACGAGAGAAACUUCCGAUUGCUCAGAGCCACCCAAUUGUCCCUAACUCACAGCUAUUUACCCAAAGAACAAUGGACGAAGCUCGAAGACGAUAAAUUGUAUCUAACACCUCUCGUCAAGCAAGUCGCUAGCGAAAGGGAGGAACAGGAGAAUUGGAAUAAGAAUUUUUAA